AUGGAGGCUGAAGACUUUUCCAGUUUCGAUCCAACAAUCCCAGAAGAUUUGCUCACCCAACAACCUGAUGUAUCAUGGGAAUACCUCUUCCAACCAGAUCAAUGGUAUAUUACUCCUGAAGCUAUUUCUGAAAACUUCUUUGCACUUGUUUUGAGUUUAGCUGCUGUUGCCGUCGCUGCUGGAAUCUUUUGGUUUGCCAGAAACAAGGGCAUCAAGUCAAAGUGGUAUAAGGAUUUGGAAAAAGGAAAAUACUAUUUCUCAGAAUCUCUUAUUUUCAAUAUUUGGAUUGCUUUGUAUAUUCCAUUGGCUAUUGGUUCUUGGUUGUCAUAUGUUCACGGUGGACAAACUUGGAACAGAGCUUUGACUGUUUAUGCUUUGCACUUGGUUGUUAAUGUUCUCUUUUCAGUUUCUUUAUGGUGGGUUCAAGAUUUGAGUUUGGCCUUGUUGAACCUUAUCACCUUGAUUGGUGUUUCCAUGUUCACUACAAGUCAAUUCAAUAGUAUUUUGAAAUUUGCAGGUUAUAUCAAUACUCCAUACAUGUUGUGGUUGUUGAUUUUCACUGCUCAAUAUGCUUAUUUCUGGUAUUUGAAUGAAGGAAAGGAAUUGAUGGAAGUUGCUAACCUUGCUAAGGGUGGUUCUGCUAAGAAGUCUUCCAAGAAGAAGAAGGGUCUUCCAACUGAUGUCAAGAAGAAGCUCCAACAACAAGUCCAAGAACAACAAAAAACAAUGACUCCAACCUCCGAUAAGGAUGAAUAA